AUGACAUUUCCCCCUCCGUUGAUCCCAAUCCACGGAUACAAUCACAUCCACCAUGAUGUCGUAAAUCCAUUCAUGAGUAAUAGACAAUCGGAGUCGCAGGUUGGCACUUCUUACGAUCGACAACCUUACAACGUCCAGGAAAUCACAUUAAUCGGUGUACGCGAUCAACAGUACGACAAACAGUCCUCUGCACAGAACGAGGACUUUGCAAAACAAAUUGAACCGGAGUUUAAUCCGUUACAAAGAUCGACCCAAGAAGACGCUGAAUUUUCUCCCACCUUACUCUGCCAUCACUUCCAUCUGCCGCAAGACAACGGUUAUCAGGAAAAGAGAGGAAAUACAAAGACUGCGGAGAAGUUAAAAAGCGUCGAAGACAUUCGAGAUGUACAAGUUGCUGCUACUCAGUCCAAUGCUGUAGAAUGGAAGAAACAAAAGGAAAACCCUCGGCAAUUCUUCCAAUGUAAAACUUGCGUCAAGAAAUACACGACGAAAAAGGGUCUGCAACGGCACGUAGAAAGUAAACACGACAAAAAUCAAACGGAUUGCCAAUUCACAAAUACGAUGACACCUCGCCCCAAUGUUCAAAGAAAACAAAUCGACAAUGAUCAUCAUGAUCGAUAUUUAGAAAAUGGACUGGUUGUGUUACCUCAUCAGACUUCCCUUUUUUUGCUUCAGGAUUACCCGUUUCCUCCAGUAAAAAUUCAGUAAGCGUUUAA